AUGUCGCGCCAUCAUCCCGAUCUCGUUAUGUGCCGCAAGCAACCUGGCAUCUCCAUUGGCCGUCUAUGCGACAAAUGCGAUGGGAAGUGUCCUGUGUGUGACUCCUACGUGCGUCCUACUACUCUGGUCCGCAUCUGCGACGAAUGCUCCUUCGGCAACUACCAGAACAAGUGUAUCGUUUGUGGUGGCGAGGGAAUCAGUGAUGCAUUCUACUGCUUCGAAUGUACGCGCCUAGAGAAAGACCGAGACGGAUGUCCGAAGAUUAUAAACUUGGGAAGUUCGAGGACGGAUUUAUUUUAUCAAAAAAAGAGUUUCCGAAAUCAUUGA